UGCUAUUAAUCGCGCACUCAAAAAGGAAGAGCUGCUCAUUUGACGAAGCAAAUGCGAGAGAUAGCUGAGUUGACCGCAGUCUUGUACUGCACGUAAUAGGUUAAGAAGUGCAGGAUUCCACUGGUCAAAGUUGAGACAGCUUCUUUCGAGGUUUCAUUUCCAGUCCUUCCUGUUUGCAGAGCCAAGCAGUGUGAGCCGCAGACACCACCACCAUGACGUUCCGUGGAAAACAAACGUUCUUCUUUCUGACGUCUGUGUUAUUCCUCUAUGUUGCUGCAGAUCCACAUGCACCUGAAGUCCAGACAAAGCUGGGAAGCCUGAGAGGUCAGACUCUGAGUGUCAAGGGGCAGGAGAAUGGGGUCCAUGCCUACCUGGGUAUCCCAUUUGCAAAGCCACCUGUGGGCCCUGCUCUGAGACUGGCUGCCCCCCAGCCUGUGGAGGGAUGGGAAGGAGUGAGAGACGCCACCAAGCAGCCACCCAUGUGUGUUCAAUAUAAAAAGUUAACCUUAGAUCUGUUGGAAAAACUUGGUGGCAUGGUCGUGGAUUUGCCAGACAUUUCAGAGGACUGCCUUUACCUCAACAUUUACACUCCUGCCGACAGAACCCCCGAUACCAAGCUCCCUGUCAUGGUCUGGAUUCAUGGUGGAGGGUUUGCUAUGGGGUCAGCUUCCACGUAUGAUGGCUCCGCCCUGGCUGCUUACCAGGAUAUGGUCGUAGUUCUGAUCCAGUACCGUUUGGGACUUCUGGGCUUUCUCAGCACUGGAGAUGAGCACAUGUCUGGGAACUUUGGCAUGCUGGACCAGGUAGAAGCUCUGAGGUGGAUCCAGCAGCACAUUCACAACUUUGGAGGAAACCCAGAUGUAGUUACAAUAUUUGGGGAGUCUGCUGGCGGAGUGAGCGUAUCUCUACUGCUCCUCUCACCGUUGUCUGAUGGCCUCUUCCAUCAUGCCAUUGCUGAGAGUGGCACUGCUGGAAUGGAUCUUCUUGUUGCAAAUGAUCCUCUACCAUUAGCACAGAUGGUGGCAAAUAUGUCUGGCUGUAGCCUCGAAAGCACACAGAAGAUCGCUGAUUGCAUGAGAAUCGUCGACGUAAAAACUAUUGAGGCUUUGGGAGAGGAUCAAACCUUGAGAAUCUCUGUAAAUGUUGAUGGACACUUCCUGAGAAAAACUGUGGACGAGCUGUUCCGUACACAUGAAUUUCUUACCGUACCAUUCAUGACCGGCAUUAAUAAUGAUGAAGGGGGCUGGAUGCUUGCUGGUUCUUUUGCCCCUCCAAACUGGACAGAGGGGAUAGAUAAGGAGCAUUUGAUGAACUCUCUGUACCUCUUCUUCCCUAAUCCCGAAGAUGCAAUUCUUAGAGAGUUAGUGUUAGAGGAAUAUAUUGGAACGGGUGAAGAUCGUGUGAAGAAUAGAGACGGGUUCACCGAGCUGUUAGGGGAUAUGAUUUUUAACAUUCCUGCCAUUAAGACCGCUAUUGCCCACAGAGAUGCAGGUGCUGAUGUAUACCUGUAUGAGUACCAGUACCCUCCACAAAUCCUGAAGUCAAGAAGGCCAAGUUUUGUUGGGAGUGACCAUGGAGAUGAGAUCUUUACAGUUCUCGGAUUGUGCUUUACAACUACCCAUGUCACAUUACCCGAGCCAUGCACUGAGGAGGAGGAACAGCUUAGCAGAAAAAUGAUGAGCUACUGGAGCAACUUUGCUCGCACAGGGUCUCCUAAUGGGGAUGGGCUGACCCACUGGCCAAAGUACGGCACAGGAGAAGAAUACUUGUCAAUUGAUUUAAAGGAGCAGGUAGCUGGCCAGCGCCUUAGGGAGAAGCGGUUUGUCUUCCUGACUCAGACUCUCCCAGAAAAGAUCCGACAACACAAAGAGAAGAUGGAGCGCAACAAGCCUUAGAACAGUCUCCGUCACCUCCCAAUUUGGGAAAUGUUUGUGUUGCAGUGGCAUAAAAAGACAUGUCAUUGUGCAAUACAAAUUAAAAGACAAGACUCAUCUGGGAUUUGAAACUAUACAUUCCUGAGUUGAACCCUCAUCAUGUACCAGUAUGUUUCAUGUGAACAACCAGGAGCCACUACAUAUGUGAUUAAAAUGUAUAUUGUUAUAAUAUGGGAAUCAAAUUGAUUACCUGUUUUAUCCUGUUUAUUAUGCAUAUGGCCUCGCUAAACCUACUUCUGGGAAAAGAUGUACGUUGUGAUUAUGUUAUUGUAAGAAUUUUGUGGCUUCUCAACUCAGUACAUAAAUAUAUUAAAAGAAAAAACAUAUUAUAACUA